UUGAUGAAAUGACUGGAGAUGAUUUUUAAAUACUUUGAUAAUAAAAAGAAAAAAAAGAUGAAAGAUUAAAGAUGCUCUAACAAAGAGAAUUUCAUCUGAAUAAGGAACCGAUCUGGGCCUGAGAUAGAUGAGAAAUCAAGCCCAAUUCCAAGGGCCCUAUUGGAGUAAAAAGUCUGGGUCAUAGAUAGAUCAGCGAGGGUCUUUUACGUUGUAAGUUGUAAAUUAACCUUAUUAACCUUCUAUUUUGAAAAUAAAAAAACAAAAAAUUUCAGGGGUUUUUGUGUGUGUUUGGAGAGUGCGAAAAGAAUUAGAAUUGGAAUUGGAAUUGGAAUUGAAUUGUUUGGCGAUGAAAAUGGAAGAAAUAGGAGAUCAGAGGCAGAGAAGAGUAGCUUCGUCCAAUUCGAUUGGUCGUUGUUUGAUAUCAUUUGUCUCUUCAUCCCUAACGCACCUGUGCCUCUUCAUGCUUCCUUCCUUCUUCCCUUCCUUCUCUCUCCUCUCUCUUCUCUCACUCUCAGCUGUAGCACUGUUGGGAGUGACAGGCGUUGGGAGAUGCUGCAAGAGGCUUGUAGGAGUGGGAGCAUCAGCGCCGGCUUUCGUUUUCUUCAAUAUUAUAUUCAUUUGGGGCGUUUAUAUUGGAUUGGUUCGACAAGGUCCCUCUUUCUUCUCAUGAUUUCACCUUUGCUAGACGUUAUACUCAACGCAGAGUUCUUUAUGCUCGUGAUUGGUCUAUGCAGCAUCCUGACAACAGACCCUGGUUAUGUUACAAAUGAAUCUUCCCAUCAUAACCAGCUUGUUGAGAGUCCUGUCUCAGUAUUUGAAGCCCAUUCUGAGGAACUGGUGCCUUCAACUCGUGACAUUCCCUAUGAGUUCGUUGCUGAAGAAAAUUCUAUUCCACUCCAGAGAGUUAGAUAUUGUAGGCACUGCGAUGCAUAUGUAAAGGGGUUCGACCACCAUUGUCCUGCUUUUGGAAACUGUAUAGGUAAAAAAAACCAUGUCCUCUUUAUAAUCCUCCUUGUUGGGUUUGUUUUUACUGAGGCUUCGUAUGUAGCGUGCUCAUCUCAGUUUGCUACCAAAUUUCAGAUCAUGGAUAACAUUGGGGGUCUGACUAGUUCGUCUAGAAAUUUGGCAAUUAGCACAAUGCUAUUCUCUCUUCUCCAAGUGCUCUGGCAGGGGGUAUUCCUGUCGUGGCAUAUUUAUUGUGUUUGUUUCAACAUCAAAACUGAUGAAUGGAUAAACUGGAAAAGGUAUCCAGAGUUCCAUCUGACUGUCCAGUCUGAACCCGGGCAAACCUCAAGUGAAAGUGAAACAAGGUUUACAAAUCCAUAUGACAAGGGAAUUCUGUGGAAUGUGAAGGAGUUUCUGACAGCAAAAGAAUGAUAAAUGCAUCUCGCUUGGAAAGCUAUACACAUGAUUCU